AUGGCGGACUCCACCGAUCUGAAUCUCGACGCGCCGAGCGACCUUCAGGACGACAUUCCAGACAUUGCCAUGCAAUUGAUUCCCCCUCCGGAAGGCACAUAUCCUGAUAAGUCGUCUCUGCUCGCCGCGGUCCAGAAUCACGGCAAGGCCCACGGCUACAAUGUGGUCGUCAAAUCGUCAAGUACGCCAACUGAGAAGAAACCUGGCCGUACUGCCAAAGUGUGGCUACGAUGCGACCGUGGUGGCCACUACCGCCCACGGAAUGGGCUCACGGAGGAGACGCGAAAGCGCAGGCGGACAUCGCGGCUGAUGGAUUGCCCGUUCAUGCUUGUCGCAGCCGGUUCCCCCGGAAUCUGGACCUUGACUGUGCUCAAUCCGACCCAUAAUCACGGUCCCAUUAUCGAAAAGCCCCGACAGGUGCCGCAUCAUAAAGUUCGCAAGGGACAAUUGCCGGCCCUACCAUAUGACUGGCCUCACGAUGCAACUUUCACUCCCUAUACAACUGCGCUCGUGAUAAUCGACAUGCAAAAAGAUUUCUGUUCACCCGGGGGAUAUCUCCAGUACCAGGGCUAUGAUAUCUCGGCAGCGCAGGCUCUGAUACCCAAGUUGCAGCAUCUACUUCACAUAUUCCGAACAGCAGGAUUCCCCGUAUAUCACACUCGCGAAGGUCACCGGCCAGAUCUGUCCACCCUGUCCAGCCGAGAAUCCUACCGUUCCCGCAACAAUGCCACGGGCCUGGGCAUAGGCUCUCCUGGGCCCAUGGGCCGCCUCCUGAUUCGUGGUGAAAUGGGACACGACACUGUUGACGAGCUCUAUCCUCUCCCUGGCGAGCCUGUCAUCGACAAACCCGGAAGAGGAGCCUUCGCACAUACCGACUUUGAGCUCAUUUUGCGAAAUAAAGGCGUAAAGAAUCUGAUUAUUGCCGGAGUCACCACAGAUGUCUGUGUUUCGAGCACAAUGCGCGAAGCAAAUGACCGUGGAUUCGAUUGUGUCAUUCUGGAAGACGGCACAGCAGCCAGUGAACCAGCACUGCAUACGGGCACUAUUGAGUCUGUAAAAAUGGAAGGUGGCAUCUUCGGCGCCGUUGCAAAGCUUGAAGACGUGGUGCACGCCGUUGAGAGCUUCAAAAAUAUCACCAUGAAAAAGCUGGCACCUCAAAUGACGGUCUGA